UCCAGUUCCAAGCAGCUGGUGCCUGGGGGCAUGGAGAUGAGAUAAAGCCUCCCAGCUCACAGUGCGCUGAAGCUGGCUGGACACACUGAGGCUGGGCUGCAGUAGACUGCCCUGUGGUGGGGGAGGCCAGUCCUGGCCCCUCUGCUCCCCUGCUGCACACUGCCUCCCAUAAGCCCAAGCCUUGAAGUCCCCCCAAAUUUGACCUGUGGAGGCACCAUGCUGCUCCCUGCCCUCCUCUUUGGGAUGGCAUGGGCACUUACUAACGGGCGAUGGUGUGAGCACAUGGAGACCAUUCUGGUGGAGGAGGAAGUGACCCCACGUCAGGAGGACCUGGUGCCUUGCACCAGCCUCUAUCAUCACCGGCGCCUGGGCUGGCGGCUGGACCUGUCCUGGAGUGGACGUGCAGGGCUCUGUCCCAUCUACAAGCCCCGGGAAACACGACCUGUUGCAUGGAACAGGACAGUGAGGGCCUGCUGCCCAGGCUGGGGAGGCACCCACCGCACCCUGGCCCUUGCAGAAGCCAGCCCCAAGGGCUACUGCUUUGCCACAAGGCAGUGCCAGCCUUGGGCAGGCUCAGCUCAUGCAUCUGCAGGAAGCCUGGAGGAAUGCUGUGCCCAGCCUUGGGGACCCAGCUGGUGGGAUGAACGCUCCCAGGCCUGCCUCAGCUGCUCCAGCCAACGGCUUCCAGGCAGCACCCAGUCUCCAGCCCUGCUGAAGGCCCUGGCAGGGGCCGCGGCCCAACUCUGGAGCCGGAGCCAGCGUUCCUCGGCCACCUGUGCCACCUGGUCCGGCUUCCACUACCGCACCUUUGACAGGCGUCACUACCACUUCCUGGGCCACUGCACUUACCUGCUGGCAGGUGCUGACUCCACUUGGGCUGUCCACAUCAGGCCCACGGGCCAUUGUCCCCAGCCUGGGCACUGUCAGCAGGUCCUGGUGAUGAUGGGACCAGAGGAAGUGCUGAUUCAGGGUGGAAAUGUCUCUGUGAAUGGGCAGCUGGUACCUGAUGGGAGUCUCAGCUUGUGACCCCCACUUUCCCUGCCCUGGCCUGAGCUUGCAGUGCUGUCAGGGGACCUGGGGGUUGUUGUGCGGCUGGAUAGGUCCAGUUCGAUCUCCGUUUCUGUGGACCACGAGCCGGGACAGACUCAAGGCCUCUGUGGGCUCUACAAUGGCCGGCGUGAAGAUGACUUCUUGGAGCCAGGAGGGCUGGCUGCAUUAGCUGCCACGUUUGGGAAUUCCUGGAAGCUGCCUGACUCAGAGGCUGGGUGUCUGGAUGUGGUGGAGGCAGCCCAGGGCUAGGAGCCUCUGAGGGGCACCGAGGUGGGCACGGAGGCUGGCCAGUUGCGGGCUGAAGCCCAAGAUGUAUGCCAUUAGCUGCUGGAUGGUCCAUUCAGAGAAUGCCAUGUCCAGGUUCCCACUGCUGAGUACCAUGAGGCCUGGCUCUUUGCCUACUGUGCUGGGGCCCCAGCAGGCAGUGGCGGAGAGGGCCGCCGGGAGGCUGUGUGUGCCACCUUGGCCAACUAUGCCCAGGACUGUGCCAAGCGUCACAUCCGCGCCUGGAGGAAGCCCGGCUUCUGUGAGCGCCUGUGCCGAGACCAACUGUACUCCGACUGCGCCUGGGCCUGCCUGCCCCGCUGCCCCACGGUGGGCGAGGGCGGGGAGGGGUCUUGUGGAGAAUGCUUCAGCAACUGCGAGUGCCCGCCCGGCCUCUUCUGGGACGGGGCCCUCUGUGGGCCUGCCUCCCAGUGCCCCUGCUAUUACCGACGCCAGCGCUACGCACCUGGCGACACCGUGCGCCAGCUGUGCACACCGUGCUGGGUCCGCAGCUUGUGCUAGGAUGGCAGGUGGCUCUGCGUGCGGGCUCCGUGCCCUUCAGAGUGCGCGGUGGGCGGGGACCGGCACGACCACACCUUUGAUGGGCGGAGCUUCUCCUCCAUCCUGGCGCAGGUGGUCUGUAGGACACCUGUUCUCAGGUGUGCCCCUCCCCCAUUCCUCACCAUCUGCCCCAGGACUUGGCCAAGGGGUAGCUGUUUGAGCGUGCUGGAGCAUGGAGCCUGGGACUCUGGGAGCUGCCUCCACGUCAUCUCUCUCUCCCAGGGGAAUGCCCACAUCCAGCUCAGGGACUCAGGAGCUGUCCUGGCCAAUGGGCAGGACAUGGGACUGCCCUGGAGCAGCCCUGAGGGCCUCAGUGUCUCCUGAGCCUCCUCCACCUUCCUGCUGCUGCGCUGGCCUGGAGCCCAGGUCCUCUGGGAGGUGUCUGACCCUGCAGCCUACAUCACCUUGGACCCCCACCAUGCCCAGCAGGUGCAGGGCCUAUGCAGCACCUUCACCUGGAACCAGCAGGACGACUUCCUGACACCUGCCGGUGACGGUGACGUGGAGGCCAGCAUUGCUGCCUUUGCUAGCAAGUUCCAGCUGGCAGGCAAGGGAAGGUGCCCAGAGGACAGCACCCCUCUUUCCCCCUGCAGCACCCACACUGAGCGCCACGUUUUCGCAGCCAUCCUGCAUGGCCCCGUCUUCCAGGUAGCUGGUGGGCGGGUGGAUGGGAAGCCCUUCCACCUGCACUGCUUGGCAGCCGUGUGUGGCUGUGCCCCUGGCAGGGACUGCCUGUGCCCAGUGCUUGCUGCCUAUGCUCGCCGCUGUGCCCAGGAGGAUGCCCCAUCUCCCAGGAGCAGUGGGGGUGGUGGUGGGGUCCCGAGGGGUGGGCAGAGCAGCAGUGGCUAUGCCCCUGAUCUUCUUGUGUCUCUGUGCCCCGCUGUCUUGUGUCCUGGGGGCCAGGAGUAGGAGUGUGCCCUAGUGUGCGGUUAGAAAUGUGGGGAGCCAGAGGACUGUGGGAAGCUGGGUGGCUGUGUGGCUGGCUGUAAUUGCCCCUUGGGGCUGCUGUGGGACCCUGAGGUCCAGUGUGUGCCCCCCAGCUUGUGCCCCUGCCAGCUUGAAGCCCGUCGUUAUGCCCCGGGCAGUGCCACCAUGAAGGACUGCAACCGCUGUGUGUGCCAGGACAGGGGCCUCUGGAACUGCAGUGAUCAUCGCUACACCCCCCAGCGGGCAUUCUGUCCCCAUGAGCUUGUCUAUGCCCCUGGUGCCUGCCUCCUCACCUGUGACAGCCCCAGUGCCAACCACUCCUGCCCCCCAGGCAGCACAGGGGACUGUGUCUGUCCCCCAGGCACCGUGUUGCUGGACGAGCGCUGUGUGCCUCCUGAGCUCUGUCCCUGCCGCCAUGGCGGCAGGUGGUAUCCACCCAAUGCCACCAUCCAUGAGGACUGCAACAUUUGCGUGUGUCAGGGCAGGCGGUGGCACUGCAUGGGCCAGCAGUGCGGUGGACAGUGCCAGGCAUCGGGUGCCCCCCAUUAUGUGACAUUCGAAGGGCUAGCCCUCACCUUCCCUGGGGCCUGAGAAUACCUGCUGGUGCGAGAGGCCAGUGGCCAGUUCACAGUCUCGGCCCAGAACGUGCCCUGCGGGGCCAGCGGCCUCACCUGCACCAAGACACUAGUGCGGCUGCAGAGCACCGUUGUCCACAUGCUCAGAGGCUGGGCAUUGACAGGGAAUGGGGUGAGUGUGACACCCCCCAAGGUCCACACAGGCCCUGGGCUGAGCCGGCUGGCUGGCCUCUUCCUGCUGCUCACCACCCGCCUGGGCCUCUCCCUGCUCGGGGAUGGAGGCACCCGGGUCCUGGUGCAGCUGUCCCCGCAGUUCCGUGGCCGUGUGGCUGGGCUGUGGCUGUGCGGAGACUUUGAUGGCGAUGCCAGUAAAGACCUGCGGAGCCGCCAGGGAGCCCUGGAGCCCACUGCUGAGCUGGCCGCCCACUCCUGGCGCCUCAGUCCUCUGUGCCCUGAGCCAGGGGACCUGCCACACCCCUGCACGGUGAGUGCCCACCGGGCCGCCUGGGCUCGCUCCCGCUGCGGGGUGCUGCUGCAGCCACUCUUUGCCCCGGGCCACGCGGAGAUACCCCCACAGCAGCACUAUGAGUGGUGCUUGUACGAUGCCUGCGGGUGUGAUUCAGGAGGCGACUGUGAGUGUCUGUGCUCGGCCAUUGCCACCUACUCAGACAAAUGCUCCCGACAUGGGCUCCACGUCCGCUGGCACAGCCAGGAGCUCUGCCCUCUGCAAUGUGACGGAGGCCAGGAGUAUGAGGUCUGUGGCCCCACGUGUCCCCCCACCUGCCAUGACCAUGGUCCUGAACGGUGGCAUUGCCAGGCUGUCACCUGUGUGGAGGAGGGCUGCUUCUGCCCUGAGGGGACUCUGCUGCAUGGAGGCAUCUGCGUGGAGUUGGCUUUCUGUCCCUGGGGGAGGGGGGGCAUAUUCUUCCCACCAGGAACGGUGCUGCAGAAGGCCUGUGGGAACUGCAUGUGCCAGGGAAGUUGGUGGCUUUGUGGGGGUGGCAGUACCCGCUGCGAGGAGCCUGUGCCUGGCUGUGCAGAGGGAGAGGCCCUGUACUGUGGGCACUGUGUACCCCACGAGUGGCUUUGUGACAACCAGGAUGACUGUGGCGAUGGCUCAGAUGAGGAAGGCUAUGCCACUGCAGGCUGCAGGGAGGGGCAGAUAUCUUGCAUUAGCCACUGCCUGCCCCUGACCCUGCUCUGUGAUGGACAGGAUGACUGUGGAGACGGGACAGAUGAGCAGGGCUGCCCAUGCCCCCAGGACUCUCUGGCCUGUGCUGACGGGCGCUGCCUGCCCCGAGCCCUGCUCUGUGAUGGUCACCCUGACUGUCCAGAUGCUGCUGCUGAGGAGUCCUGUCUGGGGCAGGUGAACUGCACCCCUGGGGAGGUGUCCUGCAUCGAUGGCAGCCACGUGGGGGCCGUCCAGCUGUGUGACAGACUCUGGGACUGCCCAGAUGGAGCAGAUGAGGGGCCUGGGCACUGCCUCCUCCCCUCUCUGCCCACGCCCCCUGCGGGCACCUUUCCCAGUCCCUCCGCGGGCUCCUGGAAGACGGCACCAGCUCUCCUGGCCAGCACCCCCUGGUUGGUGGGUGUGGGGCAGGAGGUGUCUCAGACACAGUCUUCCUACCUGACUGUGUUUUAUCUCCUCUUCCCUUCGGAGGGGCUGCCUGUCCUGGGAGGCCCCAACAGGACAGGAGUUCCCUGCCCAGAUGGCCUCUGCAUCAGUUUCCAGCUGGUGUGCGAUGGGAAGCCUGAUUGUGAAAUGGCAGGAGAGGCAGAGCUCUCCCCAGAAGAGCAGGGUUGUGGGGUCUGGGGACCCUGGAGCCCGUGCGGUCCUGCAGCCACACGUGGUGGUGGGGUCUGCAGCCACACGUGUGGGCCUGGGGUGCAGGGCUGGAGCCGCCACUGUUCCCCGCCCAGGCUCCCGGUGCUGCAGCUCUGCCCCAGCCCCGAGCACCAGACUCAGGCCUGCUUCACGGCUGCCUGCCCAGGGGAAGAGCUGGUGGACGGUGAGUGGACCUCUUGGUCUCCCUCGCCCCUGUGCUCUGAGUCAUGCAGGGGCACCAUGACCCGGCAGCGACAGUGCCACCCACCCCAGAAUGGGGGCCUGCUGGGGGGCCAGGCCUGCGUCAUGCUGCCUGGGGGCCCUCACAGCACCCGCCAGUGGAGGCCCUGCCCUCAGGAUGGCUGCCCCAAUGCCACCUGCUCUGGGAAGCUAGUAUUCUGGCCCUGUGCCCCCUGCCCUCUGACCUGUGAUGACAUUUCUGAUCAGACGGUGUGCCCUGCUGACCGGCCCUGCAGCAGCCCAGGCUGCUGGUGCCCCAAAGGACAAGUGCUGGGCAGUGAGGGGCAGUGUGUGUGGCCCUGGCAGUGCCCCUGCCUGGUGGAUGGUGCCCGCUACUGGCCUGGGCAGCACAUUAAGGCUGACUGCCAGCUCUGCAUCUGCCAAGACGGGCAGCGGAGCUGCCGGCCCAACCCCGACUGUGCAGUGAACUGUGGCUGGUCGCCCUGGUCCCCCUGGGCUGAAUGCCUGGGGCCCUGCGGGGGCCACAGCAUUCAGUGGUCCUUUCAGAGCCCCAGCAGCCCCCACCUCUCCAGCCCUGUGUGCCCAGGCUCAAGUACGGAAAAACACUUCUGGCAUAGUAGUGAGUGCCUAUACCAGAGCCUAAAGCAGUGUGGCAUAACUUCUGAUGUAUUAGGAUCACAUCCCUUAAAGGAGUCGGAUGGAGAGUGA